GAGAAAGUGGCAUAGGGGAGGAGAGGUGGAAAAGGGGAGAUUGUGUUUGUCCUUCGGGGCGUGCCUGACUGCGUCUGCUUGCACAGGCAGGAUGAUGGUGACUCAGACUGUCUUAUCACGAAGCGGAAGAGCAACAUCAGUAACGUCGUCGUUGUCGUCGUCGCUGCCCACGGAAAGGUCAGUGCGAGCUCAUCAGGGGCCUGUGGUGGUCUUUCUUCUUUCGCCUUCGUCUUCGUUUUCGUCUGCGUCCGCGUCUGCGCCUGGAACCAUCGCAUCGCUGGGCCAUCAAGUCGGCAGUAGCCCAGGCAGCCGGGGGGAGAGGAAGAGUUGAGGCUGCUGCUGGUGCUGCUGCUGCAGCAGGUCCUGCUUUAGGAGAAUGAAAAGUUUUACUACCUCCACAAGACGACGAGAGGAGGAGAAGCUGCAGUGUACUAUAUAGGAGUCCAACCGGCCACCACGAAGGGCAGUCCUCACGAUGGGUGAGGGAAACGAGCCGUCUUAGUGCUUUCAAUCUGAAAGAUCAUAACCUUCUUGCUGAGAACGACGAGCACCGUGCUAACUGCUUGAUUUUCUACAGAGGAGCGAGAGAAUCCCCCAAGAAGAAGUAGAAGAAAUUGAACGAGUCAUGAGAGGGAGGAUGUAGGAGCCAAGAAGAGAGGGGAGGAGAGAAUUACGCUGCCCGAUCGCCUUAUUUGAAGACCGCACCUUAACCACACCACCGUGGGCUUGCAAAAUUAAGAUAGACGACGACCAUUUUCUCAAGGCUUGGCUGCUGAUAUGUAAUGACUGAAGGCAGCUUCAGUUCCUAUCAGAUAUUCUGAUUCCUGUCGAGCCUCGCGGCAGGAUUAUAUUCACGACCUUCAUAGCGCGCUUCACUACGCCAUGUCUUAGCCAAUCGUGAUGGGUAGACCACCCGUGAAUGCUUUUAAAUAUGUGGGAUGCAGUAGUCAGGGCGAAAUGCUGAUGUUGUUUCCAGCGUCGUUUCCAAGAUGUUGUUCCGUUGAACGACUCAGCAUGAACCCCCCUCCUCCAUCUCACGCAUCAAAGCUCGAAUGUGAUAUUGAAGAAGAUGGCACUUCAAGAGGAGAGGAGAUGAGUUACUCUUCCACUUUGCAGAACACAUGUGCGACUUCAGUUACCUGCGUAACUCUCGAUCAAGCUUGGUGAAGCUAAGGAAGUUAGAUGCUGCAAGCCCUAAGAAGGGUUGUUCAAUUUGAGUACGACUUAGGAAGUACCUCCGUCAACCUGGAUUGUUACAUGAUCGGUUUUUCUGGUAUCUUAACACGUCGUCUGAUGCGAAGACCACUGAAGAUGGCUUACCACGAGGAGACGAAAAAAAUAGUUCAGGGAGAUAUAAGGAUGGUGUUCACUGCAGCUCAGAGGGCUCACUGCAGUUGUGACAAGUCGAAGCCUUCAAUCAUAGCAGUGGAUAUGGAUGAGAAAUUAUGGUCCAGUCUUCCGGAGGUUUUAGCUGAGGAGGUCAUUGCAAGGCUGCCCUUCAAGUUGUUUUUCCAGUGUUACUUGCUCUCACGGGCAUCUGCGAGGUACGAGAGAGCAUUGAAGGACACAAUGUCCAUGCGCAAGUUUGAAGAGGUGAUUACCUCAGUUUCAUCCAAGUGGCCAAUCUUCUGCCCAGUAUACUUGUUCCGAGAGGGCAUGAUCGGUUUCAACGACCAGUCUCGGACUUGGCAGAAGAUCUUCGACCUCAAGAUGUUUCCCUUUAUACCCAAAGGCAUAUAUACUACGAGGGUCACGUGCUGUGCUGGUUCUUUGAUCGGUUUGGCUAGUGUCAAUUUUGCCAGCACUGAAGGUGUGGACAUUGAAGCCUAUAAGGAUUGGGUGCAUUGGAAAUAUCGACUGUUGGACCAUGAAGUGUACGUGGCAAAUGUCAUAACCAAGAAAUGGGGUCUCCUUCCAUCACGGCCAAACAUGCAACGGCCGGAUAUCAUGCAUAUGAUUCCCGUCGGUUGCAAUGACUACAAGCUCUUUCUGAUCACACAACUCGGGCAUGUUGUAGGUAUCCCGAGUACCAUUUCCACGCAAGUGUACGACUCAUUGUCAAAGUCCUGGACAGAGAAUUGCUCCCAGGCUUUGAUGGCCAAUUGGAAGACCUCAUAUUCCAAUUUUGCCUAUUACAAUGGAGUUUUUUUCAUUGCCACCGGCAGCCGUGAUUACAAUGAUCCCCCAAUUCUCAUGACUCAUGAUGUGGUGAAGGGUACUUGGACUACUAUGAUACCUCCGCUAUCACUCAUCCUCCAGAACGUCAUGCAGUAUCACGUUCUUCUCUGCGGCUCAGAGCUUCUGUUGGUGGUGAGGUUGUUGAGCUCGACCGUGUCCCACUCUACUGAUGGAGAUUCAUUUGUGCGGACGAACUCUUUCCAGAUUUUCAAGCUCGACCUAGCUUCUGGACAGAUCAAGGAAGAAGCCAAAUGCCCUCUCGAGAAUCUCGCCUACGUUUCUUUCGACCAGGUUACAGCCGCAGGGGACUGCAUAUACUUUGGAGGAAGGUAUAUUCAAGAAACUCCUCUGGUCAUAUACAAUGUUCCCAAGAGGGAAUGGAGUUUUCAUCCAUCAGCGUGGAAGUCGCCUAGCUUUACGGAUUCCUGUUUGCCUACCUGGAAUGGGCAGACAUACACUCGCGAGCCCCGAUUGUAUCAUUGGGCACACUAUGCGCUCCAGCCUGGUUUGAAUCCAUUUGCUGAAGUUUAAAAAUAAAGACACAUCUUUCAGGAGUAUCAGAUGCCGCUACAAGGUUGUGUUAUGUCUGGCGAGAAACAAUGAUCAUGCCAGCAAUCACCCAAUCUCUUCCACAUUCCCAGAGUGAAAUCUGCCUGAUUCAGAUGUUUUACAUCCGUAUGGCUUGAUUGAAGACGGCUUGUUGGGUAGACCUUACCUGUAUUUCAGAAAGGAUGGUCAGUAGAUCUGCGUCUUGACCUUGUCUAUCUCAUCUAUUUGUUUUGACUGGCUUUUGUGUGUUUGGUAUUUCGACUUUUUAUUUUUACUUAUACAAGCGAGCCUAGCUAGUAUCAGCUCUUGGAACUACCUCGGGGAAGGAUCUGACUUCAGCGAAAUUUAACCUCACAGACAAGGUAUAUCUAUGUCGCACUGGUAAGUGAACUACAGUCAUAAAAACUCCUACUCGGUCAUCUAAGUGAACUUCACCCGCUUCAAACAGCUUGCUAUCAUCACUCACCGUUAGCAAUAGAUGUACAAGAUCUAUUCCCUUAAAUAAAGGCUUGCGGAUAGUAUCUGAGUGUGCAUCUUGUCGCUGAUCAAGUAACGUCCUAUACACUGCGAAUAGACUAAGCCAUUACAUGCAUCACUACGGAGACUAUUGUCUCCAUAUCAAAAAUUCCGACUUCAACUGCAACGAUUCCCAGAACUAUGUACAAGAAGGAAGUACGAUGCACGUACAAUAUGCGAGACAUGAAUUUCACUGGUUACUAAUAUCAAUCAUAUUAGUUGAAACAUUCAUGCUAGCAUCAACUAAAGAAGACUUUUCCUCUUUUGAGCAUGAAACCCUGUUAUGGACUCAG